UAAAAAUUUAUUGUUAUCCAUAUAUAUAGGUAUAUGAAUUGAGUUUGAAGAACACAUCAAAGGGAGAGCAAUGGCAGAACUUCAGGAUGAAGUCACCCAGAAGAACUUCAAAGUUGAUGGGGAUGAAGAGGAAAACGAUUGUCCCAUAGAGCAAGUGAGGCUCACAGUUCCAAUCACAGAUGAUCCAACAGAACCUGUUCUGACAUUCAGGACAUGGGUGCUUGGUGUAGCAGCCUGUGUGAUUCUGUCCUUUGUGAACCAAUUCUUUGGCUAUCGCAGUAAUCAACUCAGCAUUUCAUCAGUCUCAGCACAGAUAGUUACCCUGCCACUAGGGAAGUUCAUGGCUGCAACACUCCCAGAGAAACCGAUCAAAGUCCCAUGCACAAAGUGGUCGUUUUCCCUGAAUCCGGGGCCUUUUAAUAUCAAGGAGCAUGUGUUGAUCACCAUGUUUGCCAACUCUGGAUCGGGUGGUGUUUAUGCAGUUGGUAUCCUUACAAUUGUCAAGGCAUUCUACAAAAGGAGUCUCAGCCCAGGAGCAGGAUACUUGCUAGUACAAACCACUCAGUUGCUUGGCUAUGGAUGGGCUGGCCUGUUCAGAAAAUACCUAGUGGACUCCCCCUAUAUGUGGUGGCCAUCAAAUCUAGUCCAAGUCUCUCUCUUCAGGGCAUUGCAUGAAAAAGAAAAAAGAAGCAAAGGAGGAGUCACUAGGCUGCAAUUCUUUCUCAUUGUGUUCAUUUCAAGCUUUGCCUACUACCUGGUCCCAAACUACUUGUUUCCUUCCAUCAGUACCGUCUCCAUUAUUUGUUUGAUUUGGAAGAACUCAAUCACUGCCCAACAGAUUGGUUCAGGCCUCUAUGGCAUGGGCCUUGGAUCAUUCGGCCUCGACUGGGCCACAGUUGCUAGUUUCUUAGGAAGUCCCUUAGCCACUCCUGGCUUUGCCAUCAUUAAUAUUCUUGUUGGGUUUUUCAUAAUUGUCUAUAUUUUGCUCCCCCUUACCUAUUACAAUAAUGCAUAUGAUGCUAAGAAAUUCCCUAUAUUCUCAUCUCACACCUUCGAUUCAACUGGUCAGCCAUACAAUCUCACCAGAAUUUUGGACCCAAAAACUUUCUCAAUCAACCUAGAUGAAUACAAUGCUUAUAGCAAACUUUAUCUUAGUGUCUUCUUUUCAGUCACAUAUGGGAUUUCUUUUGCAACUCUAGCAGCUGCUGUCUCACAUGUUGCACUCUUCAAUGGAAGUACUAUCUGGCAAAUGUGGAGUAAGACGAGGGCAGCAGCAGGAGAGAAGUUUGGAGACGUGCAUACGAGACUGAUGAAGAAGAACUAUAAAAUAGUCCCCCAAUGGUGGUUUCAUUUAAUUUUGAUUGUAGUGCUUGGUCUUUCACUCCUUGCCUGUGAAGGUUUCGACAAGCAGCUUCAACUACCAUGGUGGGGAAUUUUGCUAUGUUGUGCCUUGGCAUUAUUUUUCACCUUACCCAUCGGGAUAAUAACGGCCACGACAAAUCAGCAACCAGGGCUAAAUGUGAUCACAGAGCUGAUUAUUGGGUUCAUGUACCCAGGGAAACCGCUUGCAAAUGUGGUUUUCAAGACCUAUGGCUAUAUCAGCAUGGUGCAGGCACUCACAUUUCUCAGUGAUUUCAAAUUAGGUCACUACAUGAAGAUCCCACCCCGAUCCAUGUUCCUCGUUCAGUUAGUUGGAACCGUGAUUGCUUCAAGCGUCUACUUUGGGACAGCAUGGUGGCUUCUUACAACCGUGGAGCAUAUAUGCGAUCUGGAUUUGCUACCAGAAGGAAGUCCAUGGACAUGCCCUGGUGAUGACGUUUUCUACAAUGCUUCAGUCAUAUGGGGAGUUAUUGGUCCACUCAGAAUGUUCGGAAGGUUGGGGGUCUACCCAGAGAUGAAUUGGUUUUUCCUUGCGGGCCUUCUUGCCCCUGUUCCAGUAUGGUUCCUUUCACGCAAAUUCCCCAACCAAAAAUGGAUCAGGCUCAUCCACAUGCCCAUUAUCAUAGGAGCUACAGGAAACAUGCCACCAGCUAGAGCUGUGCACUUUGUGAUGUGGGGAAUUGUGGGAGUUUUCUUCAACUUCUAUGUUUACAACAGGUACAGGCAGUGGUGGGCCAAGCACACCUACAUCUUAUCAGCAGCUUUAGAUGCCGGGGUUGCCUUUAUGGGAAUCAUCAUUUUCUUUGCCCUUCAAUCUAAAGAUAUUUUUGGUGUGGACUGGUGGGGUUUGGCAGCAGACGAUCAUUGCCCACUGGCUUCAUGCCCUACAGCACCGGGGGUUGUGGCUGAAGGUUGUCCUACUAUUUGAGAACAAAUUUGUAUUCUUCUUUCUAGGAAUUCAUUUUAGUGGUGUUUAUGGUGUGAAGUUCCAGUAGGAAUAAGACCCUGGAUAUUUUCUUUUCAUUUUCUUAUUUUUCUCUACUUCAACAAGAACAUUUGGAGAUAGGAUAUGGUACCCCACAUAUAUUAUUGAUCUUUUAUGAAUCAUAAAUUUUUUCUA